UUCACGUGUAUUUAGAACUUGCCAUAAUAUAAACAAAUAAUUUUACAUUGCACAUGUUUGAAAUCACAACCAUCUAAAAAUCUAAAAGUUUGUUAAAAUGAAAUUAAAUAAUAGCAAUGAAAUUAUUGGUAAAAUUUAUAGUAAUACAAACUCAAAGCAAAAGUUAAAAAAAUGCAAUAUAAAGAAAUUUAUAAAAGCAGAAAAUGAAUUUAUAACAAAACUGCUAGUUGGAUGUAAUGUACCGAACAGAAUAGAGAAGGAUGAUUCCGAUUUGUAUUUGUUACCACUAAAGAAAAAUAUCAAAUUGCCAACUAUUCAAGAUUUCAAAGAUGUGGACAAGAAAAAAGAAGAUCUAAAUGAUAGAUUAUUAAAGAUCAAAAACAAAUUUAAAGCACCCAAGAAAAACAAUAAAUCUGAAAAAGCUUUAAGACGAAAGGAAAUGAAAAAAUUGAAGAAAAAUAAAGAAAUAAAAAAAAUUUUAAUUAAUUCAAAUAAAGCAGAAAAAAAUGAGAAAAUCAAAAGUGAAAAAUAUAGCGCAAAUCAAGGAAAUGAAGAUGAAAAAGACAUUAAACCUAUGGCUAAAAAUCUUUUUAAUGAAAAUGGAAAAAUAUUAUUUUCAAAAAUUGAUUUUGCUGCCCAUCCCGGUGCCAAAAUAUUGAAAAGUAAAAAAGACAAAGUUAUGAAAAAUCCUAGGGAUAUAUUAAAAAAAAUGAAGGAAACUGAUAAGAAAAUCAAUGAACUAAAAGAACAUGGCGAUGAAGAAAAAGCCAGAGAAUUGAAGAAGGAACUAAUUUGGAAAAAGGCCUUCGAUAAAGUUCAGGGCAAAAAAGUUAAAGAUGAUCGUAAUUUACUUUAUAAAUCCAUUAAAAAACGAAAAGAUUUAAAGAAAAAGUCAAAGAAAUCUUGGAAGGAAAGGCAAGAGAAAGUUGAACAGGACAUCAGUUCUAGGCAAAAGAAAAGAGAAGAAAAUAUAAACAAAAGAAUGAGAGACAAAAAAAUUAAAAAAAUGAAAAGGUUAUCUAAAAGAGGACGAGUAAUUCCCGGUUUUUAAAUUAAUAAAAAAAUAAGUAAAUUAAAAGUUUUAAUAAAAAAAUUUAUUUAAAUAUGCAGCUAUCUAAGAAGGUCCUUAUAUCACAAUAUUGUUAUAGUUUAUUGUCUACUA